AUGGAACUUCAGCUUUUGAAACGACCACGACCACUUCCAGCAUUUCGAGACGAGGAAAAAGGCAUUCACGCGCAAUGGAAAAUCAAGGUAUUUUCUCUUUGUUCAGAAAAAACUUGUGGGUGGAGUCUGAUCUGAGCAAAAAAUAAGUUACAGUCCUCGAGAUAUUUUUUCUGGGAGCUUCUGUUGAAAAAUUUCAAAUUUCGAAAAAACAGUGAAACACCGUGGCUUAAAAGUCCUCUGUCAAUUCUGAUUUUUAUGAAAAUGUAUCUAACCAACAGACGAACUUUGAAAUUGAAAUUGAUAUUCGUCAUUUUCUAUUUUUUUUCUGAAACAGAAAAUCACAAAGUUUAUUUUUCUGAAAAUCCAGGAAUUUUUAAAAGUUUUCAAUUUAAUUUUCCCACGAAAUUUGUUAUUUGAAUUUGAAUUCAUUGAAGUAUCAGGUUUCAAUGAAUUGACAAAUAUUCACAUUGUUUCAUUUUGUCAAACUAUAUUUAUUCUGAACAAAAAAUUAGAAAACCUAAAUUUAAAAGUAAACAUCCUGCAAUCAAACUACAUAAAAAGCGUACGAACAUUUUUUGCCUUUUUGAAAAAAAAACAGUCGAUUUCUGACCCACAAAACUUUGAAUCUGAAAGUAUUAUAUUUCAAUAAAUUGACAAAAUAAAUAUUUGAUCGCAAAAAUAUUGAACCAAGAUCAGAAAAUCAAUUUUAAUUUGCAAUUUUAAUAUAAACAUAGAUAAAUUAGGAAUAGUCAUAAUUGUUAUUGCUCGAACUGGGUUUUAUUAAAAUUUUGAAACAUCAAUCAAUUUUCAACCCACAUCUGAAGUUUCUGUUUGUUAUUAUUUUUCGUCAAAAAAUUUGAAAUUAAAAAUGUCAGCGAACAAAAAUACUAUUUCAAUUUCAUUAAUUGACUACAAUAAGAAAGGUCUGCGCUCAACUCAAUAACAAAGCCAAUAUAACAAAAAAAAAUUUCAUGAAUAUUCAAUGUUGCUCUUUUUAAAAAUGAAUUAUUUCAGGGGUUUUACUAUCGACGUAACGGGCUUCCAAAAAUCAGUGUUAAAGGAAUCGGUCGAGUUCGUUAUGCAUGUUUGGAGCUCGAAAGUAAUUUUCCACCCGUAAAAAUUUCCAAACAAUUGGUGAAUAUUGGAUAUGUCGAGCAUGUGAAUGAGGAUAUUCUUGAUGUUCGUGGCGCAGAUUUUCGACUUUUGAUUUUUGGAGUUCAACACGUUGAGGUAGGGAGGAUCUAGAAUUUUUUGAGCUUAACAUUUUUCCGAUAGAUCAUCCGAGAUUGGCUUCGUUUUCUUGUAAUCAGACAACGAAUACCACAUUCAUUAUUAGGAUUACCAUUCGAUUGGCAAGUGAACCCUAUAAAAGAUGACAAACAACUUCAAUUAUCACGAAUUUCUCCGUUUCAUUGUUUCAAGUUAUGGUAA